UCUGCUGACUACAACAUCCUCAAGAGUUGGGACCGUCCUAGAGGCGGGCACUCUUUGCGAACGACCACCACUUGCUCAGUGACUACCAUGGAGUUUGUACCGGGCCCAGCUGUUCAUCGCGUGCUUUGCGCCGACUGUGGAACACCCAUUGUACCGAAUUCUGCCAAUCUUUGUGUUGCAUGCUUGAGGAAUAGUGUCGACAUCACCGAAGGGAUACCCAAACAAUCAUCUCUGACCUUCUGCCGGAAUUGCGAGCGCUUCUCAUCACCUCCCAACGCGUGGAUAAUAGCACAACCGGAAUCGCAAGAGCUCCUUGCAUUAUGCCUCAGGCGGAUAAAGGGACUUAACAAGGUCCGAUUGACCGACGCCCACUUCAUCUGGACGGAGCCGCACUCUCGGAGGUUACGAGUAUCGCUCACCAUACAGAAGGAGGUCCUUACUGCGACCAUCCUUGAACAAAUCUUCGAAAUCGAGUACCUCGUGCAAAAUGCCCAAUGUCCGGAUUGUGCCCGCCUCGCCGCCAAGAACACCUGGAAGGCUGUUGUCCAAGUUCGGCAAAAAGUCCCGCACAAACGCACCUUCCUCUUCCUGGAGCAACUCAUCCUCAAGCACGGUGCCCAAAAGGACACCAUCUCCGUGAAGGAGACCCGCGACGGUCUCGACUUUUUCUACAGCCAACGCAGUCACGCGAUCAAGAUGACCGAGUUCCUCACCAGCGUUGUACCUGUUCGUUCCAAGUCAUCCGAGCAGCUCAUCUCCAAAGACACGCACUCCAACACCGCCAACUACAAGUUCACCUACUCUGUCGAGAUUGCGCCCGUCUGCAAGGACGACCUGGUCUGCCUCCCUCCCAAACUCGCGCGCCAACUCGCGAACAUAUCCCCCCUCGUUCUCUGCACCCGCGUCGGUAACUCGCUCCACCUCGCAGACCCCCAGACGCUCGCUGUCUCUGAGCUUGCCGCGCCAAUAUACUGGCGCACGCCAUUCGACAGCCUCGCUGGUGUGACUGAUCUUGUCGAGUUCACCGUUCUCGACGUCGAGCCCUCCGGUCCCACGCGCGGCAAGUGGGUUCUCGCUGACGCGCAGGUCGCCCUCGCUGGCGCAUUCCGCUCGCAUGCCGAGGAUGCCGACGAAGACGCGAUGGCGCUCGACGACGAUCACGAGCUUGUAGCAGGCCAGAACCAGAUCUUCCAUACGCGCACUCACCUAGGUGCGAUCCUCCAGCCUGGCGAUACUGCUCUUGGCUACUGGCUUUCGCAUGCCAACUUCAACUCGGACGACUUCUCGGCGCUGCCUGCGGAUCGCAUACCGGACGUCGUGCUCGUCAAGAAGGCCUAUCCGAAUCGGCGCAAGAAGAGCAAGGCCCGGACAUGGACGCUGCGUUCGAUGGCGAAGGAGGCCGCGGACGAGGCGCAGGACGGACGGGGCGUCGUUGGCCGCCUCGGAGGACGCGACCAGCGCAAGGUCGACGAAGACUACGAACUGUUCCUGCGCGAGCUCGAGGAGGACCCGGAGAUGCGCGGCGCAGUCAACCUCUACAAGGCGCGCGGGCCGCAGAAGAUCAACGCGGGUUCGGGUAUGGCGGGUGGCAAGACACGGCGGAAGGUCAAACUCGACCCCAGCGCAGGCCAGAUGGAGACUGAGAGCGCGGACGCGCAGAUGGCUGAGAUAGCGAGCAGUGUGGACGAGAACGCGGCGGAUGAGAACGAAGCGGACUUCCCGGAGGUCAAGCUGGACGAGUUGCUGGAAGACUUUGACGAGUUGGCCUUGGGAGACGAGGAGGAAGUGGAGCAGGAAGUAUAGUCGUACGUUCCCGAAAACGUACGGAAUUUACCACUCCCUUCUACACGGGACCGGUCUGCCAGGCGAGAGUUGGUUGCGCCCUCCGGUUCUGGGUGGGGGGGGGGGGGUUCCGCUCCGCAGUGGCAAUUAGCUUGCCCUCGACUUCCGUCGUGAGGUUGACUUCAGGAAACAUCCUGGCCAUCGUUUCACCAUGUGAAUAGUUACAUGCACGAUUGACUGUGCGCGUCCCACUAGUAUACACAUCCUAUCUCAACCUAUAUCGCGUCGUCGAGCGCAGCUCCAGGGGAUGAGUGAACAUGUAUAGGAUGUUCUUUCCCAUUCUCCUCUGCUUGUCCACCUCGUUCAUCCUCCCCACUGGCGCAGUAAGAUGGCCCCGCGUGGCACUUGAUUCGUUUGUCCCUGUCACAGGCAGCAUUUGGGCAGUCCACAAGCAUUGUCAUAAUGUGACCUUCAGAAGCGUAGUGUCGUCCGAGGGCAGGAUGAGUCCCAUGAGUAUGGCCCAGUCUGAACGACCGGUUUCCUCGAUCAACUCUUUCGCCAUGUCCGAUCUCUUCGCGUACUUCUUCGGCCCCUGGCUUACGAAGACCCGGCGUCCAAACAUGCGUAGUUCUUUCGUUAAGGAGUUGCUCAGGCCGAGCAAAGCGACCGAAAUGAGGAGCACAGCGGCGAUGAACAGACUUCCUACAGUCGAGGAGUUGCCGGUAAGGGCUGCGGCGACAUAGACCAAAAGCGUGGCAAAGGAUGACGCGAACCCUUCUACGGUGGUUUGCUCGCGAAGCCAUUGACCUGCUGUGACAGCCUUGAGAUCAUCCGCAAGACCUUGCAUGCGCACCCAUCGGUCCUGGCUGAGCAACACCAAUAGAUCGGCUCUCACCCCCGGCUCGGGUGUGCCCUUCCAUCCAUCGUGGGCGGUGCGCCUUCUGAUCACGGCAAUAUUCAAGAAACGGGCAAAUGCGAGCAUCAGCAACACGCCGAGAGCCCAGAGGUC